AUGCUGUCGGCACAUCAGCUAAGGGAAGCUAACCCUAGCAGACUGAACAAAAUGACUUGUCUCGAAGUUCGGAGGUCUCAGAUUCAAUGGAAAUAUUCUCCUUCGCUCAAGCACCCACUGGGUUCUCACAUCAUCGACCUGAUUGACCUCAAGACGCUCCACCGACAGUAUAUUUCAUGGAUUGCAAAGACGCUGUCAAGCGAACAGCCUUCAUAA